AUGGCGGAUAUGAAAGAUAUUCAAGAGGAAGGCGAGGGGAUGAAUCUUGGUUUCACGGUGAGUUUUCUAAAUUCGAAAACUAUAAUUCCAUUCGUUUUUAGAAAGAAUUGAUAGACGAGAUAAGAGAUAGGAAAGAGGCGAAUCCAGGUUUUUUUUAAUCUUUUGCAAAAGCCUAAAUUUGAUUCUCAGGAAUGUUCGUCUCAGCAUGGCAAGAGGACGAAGAAGGAGUCGACGAGAAGGAUCUCGACGAUCCUGUCGAAAAGUGAGGCGGAAAUGUUUUCAGACCAAAGAUAGAAGUUGUUCAGGUUCCUGACAGCGGCCGAAGAAGGGAAACUGGAAGAAUUGGCGGAGAUGUUCGCGGCAGAACCAUCUUUCGUGCAGGUUAGCGCCGAAGGUCGAAAGGAUCUCAAAAUCUCAGCAGGCGGCGGAUCGCGACGGAUAUACGGCUUUGCAUCGCGCCGCGUACAAUAACAACCUCCAGAUCAUCGAUUUCCUUGUGUCCCACGGAUCCAACACGGAAGCUCGGUAAAGAGUAAACAGUUUACGGGAUAUAUUUUGUUCUCCAGAACGAACAGCGGUUGGACUCCGUUGCUCUCGGCCGCCAAUUGGGCGAAUUUUGAGGCUGUCGGCAGGUUGAUAAGCAAAGGGGCGGAUGUGAAUGCUUUGUCCGAGGGGCAUCUAUCGGUAAUUUUGUAAAUAACUGAGACAAGAAUAUUGGACUCCUUAAGGCGUUACAUUUGGCAGUGAAUAGUUCAUGCGAAGAUCCGGAAAACAUCUUUCACACGGUCAGAUACCUUCUGGAAGCUCCAGGUAAUUUUGUGUCAGGAAAAAAAAAAUGAAAUCGAUUUGGAAAAUGAAAUGGGUAAAUUUAAAGUUGCAAACUUUUCUAGUUUACCGUUUAGAAGUUUCAUCAUAAUUUACUCAAUUUGCUUCAAUUUGGAAGUCCAAUGCCGCAUUUUGAAUACUGACGCGUAACGGCCGCGCAGCGGUUCCAAUAGAGCUGCACCAGACUCAAAGCGACUUGUGCAACCAAGAAAAUUAAUCAUAGUUUUAUUCGAAAAUAAGGAUGAUUUUUAAAAGCAGAUAUAGAGCCUUGUUCAAAGUGACUUCGAGAAGUUCAAAAUAGCCGGCAGAAAGUAGAAAAGAUAACAUAAUUUUGGAGAGUCAGAGAUAAUUUUCCAUUUCGCGGGACAUAAUUUGAACACGGUAUGAAACAAUUUUGUCGAAAUUAACUAAGAAAUAAAAUUUCAGGAAUCAACGCGACAGUAGUGAGCGGAGCUGGCGACACUCCCUUGGACCUGGCGAGACGGAAUAACGGCCAAAUUUACCAUCUCAUCCGAGAAUUCCUGGACCGCCCGUGA